CUGCUUUUCCCUCCUCUUUGGUGAGUCUGGAAGAGUGAGAGGCGCCACGCUUCUCCAAGCCUUGGAAGCAGCAGCAGCACCAGCAGGAGCAGCAAGUGGAUGGCUGGGCUCCGCUUUCGGCCAGGCGGUGGAGGCGGGUCUCUGCUUCGCGCUUCCAGACUCGAGGGGGGUCUCUUGCCUGUUCGCUUCCGAAGCGCUUAAGACCUCACUCAAGAGGCGAGGAUGGAGAGAGGCGGAGGCGCGCCGCUUCCCGGCUGAGGAGGCGCUUGGUGUCGGGGUCCCUUUGGAGAGCUCCCAAAGACUUGGAUGGAGGCGCGACUCGGGAGACGCCGCUUUUGAGGUUGGGCUCGGGAUCUCCCGGUGCGCCUUGGGCCAGCCUUGGCUCCUCAAAGUUGGAGAGGACCUUUCUCUGGGCUUGGGCUCCAAUGGCCCCUUCGAGGCGUUAAAAGCCCACCAGGAACCACGGGGCGCCUGGCCGCGGGGCGCGGGAUGCUUCGGGACGCGUGGCGCGCUUUCCGGAGGUGACUUCGGGAGGGUUUCCCUCCUGCGGCCCAAGAGGGGGAACUUCUCCGCCCGGGGGGCUCGCUCCUUGGGGCUGUCCCUCCCCCGGCCAUGGCCUUCACCUUCGCCGCCUUCUGCUACAUGCUCUCCCUGGUGCUCUGCGCCGCCCUCAUCUUCUUCGCCAUUUGGCACAUAAUUGCCUUUGAUGAGUUAAAGACGGAUUUCAAGAGUCCCAUAGACCAAUGCAAUCCUGCACAUGCGAGAGAACGGUUGAGGAACAUUGAGAGAAUUUGCUUUCUUCUAAGAAAGCUAGUAUUGCCAGAGUAUUCAAUCCACUGCCUUUUCUGCAUAAUGUUUCUGUGUGCACAAGAAUGGCUGACCCUUGGCUUAAAUAUUCCUCUGCUUUUCUAUCACUUCUGGAGGUAUUUCCAUUGUCCAGCAGACAGCACAGAGUUAGCAUAUGAUCCACCUGCAGUAAUGAAUGCCGAUACCUUGCGCUACUGCCAAAGAGAGGCUUGGUGUAAACUAGCUUUCUAUCUCCUCUCGUUCUUCUACUACCUUUACUGCAUGAUCUACGCUUUAGUGACUUCCUAAUUCAAAGAUGCUACUAAAAACGGGAAGCAACAAAGGAUGCAGAAUAAAGACAAGGCAGCCUACAGUGAUGCUGGAUGCAUAAAGCACUGCAGAGAGAUGGGAGCUUUGAAUCCAACCUCCACGCAGGAUGUGAAAGAAAAGAAAAAGCCUCCGUAGGGGAAAGAGUUGACUACAGAAAUGAAAAAAAAACUUGAAGUGAUAAGAAGCUGCUCAGACUGCUUUUCUCUCUUACCUCUCAGUGUUUUGUGGUUUUUUGGAUUUGUGAUUUUCUAAUGUAAACAAAACAAAUAUGUAUUUAUAAGAUAAACGUACCUACUUUUGAAGAGAGUUCCAUCUGCAUGCGGCGGAAGAGAAAUUCUGUCACAUUAAUUGUAUCAUGCAAGGAUUACAAGACCUACAGUGAAGAAGAUGGAUUGUAUAGCAAGGUGUUUCCCUGCAGUAAUUACAGAUAAGAGGGAGACUGUGGCUAAAAUGCUGUUUUCAGAAUUGAAUUGCUGGCUGGAGGAAAGAAAAUGAAAACAUGCGACUAGUUGCUCUUGUAAUUCACAGAAUGAAGAUGAGAGAUGUCUUGUCAGAACACAUGGCAGAAAUACAUUCAGAAUAUGUACCCUGUCAUUCUGAACUGCAACUCUUUUAUAUGGUUGGCUGUAAGAAUACUCCAGAAAUGCUGAACCACUUCACACAUGGUGCAGUAAAGUAGUGCCAGUGCAUUAUGUAAGCUGAGACAAUUUUGUCAAGAAUUCAGUAUUAUAAUAUUUCUCUUACUGGAGAAAAUAUAUGCUAGUUGCACAUAUGAAGUGUGACAGAGCACUUCACGCAACUCAGAAUACGAACUGUAAAGGACCACAUUGCUUUAGUCUGCAGUCUUGUCCUGUGGCUUCGAUUGUAUGGACCCAUUGCAUCUAACGUUAAUGGGGCUGUUCAGUUUUUUCCUUGUGCCAAAUGAAUAUGGUAGAAAAUAGAAAUAAAUUGUCAUUCUCUUUUUUGUA